UCUGUUGCUGUUGCUCACUGUCAAAUUAGAAAACAGUUAUAAUCCUUCCACCCACUCCUUUCUUCUUCAACAUAAACAAAUAUGCUUACAUUAUAUAAUUUUAUAAAACAAACCUAUCUUAAAUUCCAUUUUCUCCUCCUGCACAAAAGCAUCAUGGCCUAGCUGGUUUCUUGGAUCCGGAGACUUUGGGUCUUUAUUUUUUUUUCGUUUUAAACUUGUGUAUGUAUACAUACGACUCUUGGAAAAAACGAAGUAGCCCACAAGACAUGAUUUGGUUCCUUCUCGCUGUUCCUCCUCCCUAGGCUCAAACCUUUCUCUCUGUUCUUUCAUUGGAGUUCGUGGCAGCAUAGUUGGUGUAAUGCCUGAAAAUCCAUGGACCCUCUUCUUCCUAGUAGCUGCACUUUUGCUUCAUUCCCAAUGUUCUUUUAUUGUUUCUGCUGUUAACCCACAAGGGCAAGCUCUUCUUUCAUGGAAGGCGUCCCUGAACAGGUCCUUGGAGGUGCUGAGUAAUUGGGACCCAGUUGACAAUACUCCAUGUGGCUGGUUUGGAGUUAGCUGCAACUUCAAGAACGAGGUUGUGCAGUUAGAUCUGAGGUAUGUUGAUCUGCUUGGAAGCCUUCCUUCUAAUUUCACCUCGCUGAGUUCCUUGACUAAGCUUAUCCUCAUUGGAACGAACCUCACCGGUUCUAUACCAAAAGAGAUAGGCUUUCUUAGCAAUCUCACCUACUUGGACUUGAGUGACAAUGCCUUGACCGGUGAGAUCCCAAGUGAGCUUUGCUUUUUGCCUGAGCUUCAAGAACUUCAUCUGAACUCCAACCAGCUUGAAGGGUCUAUUCCAAUUGCAAUUGGGAAUCUCACGAAGUUGGAGUGGCUGAUCUUAUAUGAUAAUCAGCUUAGUGGUGAAAUUCCCCCAACGAUUGGCAAUCUGAAGAAUCUGCAAGUGAUUCGAGCUGGUGGAAACAAGAACCUUGAGGGUGCUUUGCCUCGAGAAAUAGGAAACUGUUCCAAGUUGGUCAUGUUGGGUUUAGCUGAAACAAGUAUCUCAGGAUUUCUUCCUCCAACUCUUGGCCUCCUCAAGAAGCUAAACACCAUUGCAAUUUACACUUCCCUCCUCUCUGGUCAGAUUCCUCCUGAACUCGGUGACUGCACUGAACUUGAGAACAUUUAUUUGUACGAGAACUCCCUCACUGGAUCAUUACCUAGCAGAUUGGGAAAUCUUAGGAAUCUCAAGAAUCUUCUUUUGUGGCAGAACAAUUUAGUUGGCACCAUCCCAUGGGAAAUUGGAAAUUGCUACCAGUUAUCUGUCAUUGACAUCUCAAUGAACUCGCUUACAGGAAGCAUUCCCAAGAGUUUCGGGAAUUUAACUGCUUUGGAAGAACUUCAACUUAGCGAAAACCAAAUUUCAGGGGAGAUUCCUGCAGAGCUGGGGAACUGCGAGCAACUCACUCACAUCGAGCUGGAUAACAAUCAAAUCACGGGGACGAUACCUUCCGAAUUUGGAAACCUCAGGAAUCUGACGUUGUUAUUCCUGUGGCAUAACAAGCUCGAAGGAAGCAUACCAUCUUCACUUUCCAAUUGCCAAAACCUUGAGGCUGUGGAUCUGUCACAGAACUCACUGACGGGUCCCAUACCGAAGGGGAUAUUCGAGCUCAAGAAUCUCAACAAGCUUUUGCUACUAUCUAAUAAUCUCUCCGGAAAUAUUCCAUCUGAAAUUGGAAAUUGUUCGUCUUUGAUUCGGUUCCGAGUGAGCAAAAAUAAGAUCACAGGGAGCAUACCCCCACAGAUUGGGAAUCUGAGAAACUUGAACUUUUUGGAUCUUGGAUACAAUCGGAUUUCCGGAGUUAUUCCGGAAGAGAUGUCAGGCUGCAGGAAUCUCACGUUUUUGGACCUACAUUCCAAUAUGAUCGCUGGGAGCUUGCCAGAGAGUCUGAGUGAGCUGGUCUCGCUUCAAUUCAUCGACUUCUCUGAUAACAUGGUCGAAGGUACACUGAGCCCGAGACUAGGAUCACUUGGUUCACUCACAAAACUGGUUCUCGGAAAGAAUCAUAUCUCGGGAUCAAUUCCGACUCAGCUCGGUUCCUGUUCGAAGCUUCAGUUGCUGGACCUUAGUAGCAACAAUUUCUCCGGUAAUAUCCCCGGCAGUCUUGGUGAUAUUCCGGGGCUUGAAAUUGCACUGAAUCUGAGCUUGAAUAAACUAUCAGGCGAGAUUCCUCAGGAGUUUUCAGCCUUGGUUAAGCUGGGGAUCUUAGACAUCUCCCACAACGAGCUCACCGGUAACCUCCACUAUCUCGCGGACCUCCAAAAUCUCGUCGUCCUCAAUAUCUCGUAUAACAAAUUCUCCGGGCGCAUCCCGGACACGCCUUUCUUCGCAAAGCUUCCUCUAAGUAUGCUCGCCGGCAACCCAUCGCUCUGCCUCUCCGUAAACCGAUGCGCGGAAGACGACUCCGGAAGCCGUUCGGGUAGGCGUGCGAAGACGGCGCGUAUAGCCAUGGUGGUUCUACUUUGCACCGCGUGUGUUCUGCUCUUGGCGGCGCUGUACGUCGUCGUCGCGGCAAAACAACGACAGAGGGGCCACGGUAACGAUCUCGACCCUGACGGGAGGGAUAGUGACAUGGAGAUGGGCCCACCAUGGGAGGUGACAGUGUACCAGAAGCUCGACCUGUCAAUUUCUGACGUGGCCAAGUGUCUCGCCGCUGGAAACGUCAUCGGACGCGGCCGAUCCGGGGUGGUUUACAGAGUGAACAUGCCAGAGGGAAUAGACAUGGCCGUGAAGAGGAUCCGGUCAUCGGAGAAAUUCUCAGCAGUGGCAUUCUCGUCGGAGAUAACAACAUUAGCGAGAAUACGACACCGUAAUAUCGUGAGGUUACUGGGCUGGGCGGCGAACCAGAAGACGAAGUUACUGUUUUAUGAUUACUUACCAAACGGUAAUCUGGAUACGCUAUUACACGAGGGGUGCACAGGAUUGAUCGAGUGGGAGACACGGUUCAAGAUAGCACUGGGCGUGGCGGAAGGCUUAGCUUAUUUACACCAUGACUGUGUGCCUGCUAUCUUGCACCGGGACGUAAAAGCGCACAACAUCUUGUUAGGAGACAGGUACGAGCCGUGUCUGGCAGAUUUUGGUUUCGCCAGAUUGGUACAGGACGACCCAGCUUCCUUCUCGGUGAAUCCACAGUUCGCUGGUUCUUACGGCUACAUUGCGCCGGAGUAUGGGUGCAUGCUGAAGAUAACAGAGAAGAGCGACGUGUAUAGCUAUGGAGUGGUACUACUAGAGAUAAUAACAGGGAAACGACCGGUGGAUGCGUCGUUUGGUGAGGGGCUACAUGUGAUAGAUUGGGUGAGAGAUCAUCUGAAGAGGAAGAAGGACCCUGUGGAGAUUGUGGAUCCAAAGCUUCAAGGCCACACAGACACACACAUCCAAGAGAUGCUUCAGGCACUGGGCAUCUCCCUUCUCUGUACCAGCACUCGCCCCGACAACCGCCCCACCAUGAAAGACGUCGCCGCUUUGCUCCGAGAAAUCCGCCACGAUCCUCCUCCCGCCGGCCACGACGCCCACAAGCCCAAGCUUUCCACCAACUCUUCUUCCUCCUCCUCCGUCACUCCCGCUCAGUUGUUGCUUCUUGAUCAUCCUUCCUCUCAUUCUUCAUCGCUUGCUUAUUCGUCUUCUACGCUGCAAGGAAGGAGCGCGUGAUAGAGCCUCAGUAUUAGCGUGCUGAGGAGUUAGAUAGUGAUUAGUUGUCUGGGGUAUUAAUUAGUUGAUAGUUAAUAACGUUGAGGUAAUUAUGGAAUUGUAAAGGUUAAGCAGGGGUGAUUUGGGUAUUGCGGUCGUUGAUUUACUACAAGGUUAGCUAAAUCACACGAGUGUACAGUAAUUAUGAGUUUAAUUCAGUUUGUCCCCCGCAAAUGCGACUACAUGCCAAAUUUCAGAGGCUGGAAGUCCUAUUCCUUGAACUUUCAUAUAAUACAGGUUGAUACGCCUAAGAAUUGGAUUUCUUGUU